CUCAGCGCUGCCUACAGAGGUGGCAGCCAUCUUUACUCGGCACCAUGGCUGCCCUCAGGCCUCUCGUGAAACCCAAGAUUGUCAAACGGAGGACCAAGAAGUUCAUCCGGCACCAGUCAGACCUAUAUGUCAAAAUUCAGCAUAACUGGAGGAAACUCAGAGGCAUUGACGAUAGGGUGCGCAGAAGAUUCAAGGGCCAGAUCUUGAUGCCCAGCCUGGGUUAUGGGAGCAACGAGAAAACAAAGCACAUGCUGCCCAGUGGCUUUGGGAAGUUCCUGGUCCACAACGUCAAGGAGCUUGAAGUGCUGCUGAUGUGCAAGAAACCUUACUGUGCUGGGAUUUCUAACAUCUCCUCAAAGAACCACAAAGCCACCACGGACAGGGCAGCCCAGCUGCCCAUCAGAAUCACUAAUCCCAAUGCCAGGCUGCACAGCAAAGAAAAUGAACAGGCAGAUUGUGUGCACAUUGUAUUUGUGUUAAUAAAACCCAAACAUUAUGCAAAAAAAAUUUUGUAUAAAAAUUAA